GCAUGCUGAUUGGUCACACGCAAGGUCGGUCCCGCCUCCCGUCUUCCGCUCUUCUCUUCAGAAGCAGCAAGAAUCUUCGCAGGAUUUGCCGUUUCUAGACGCUGUGUAGUACCGUGCUAAGGAUGCCUCGUGGAAGCCGAAGCCGCACUUCCCGCGUGCCCUCCCCGGCUAGCCGGGCCCCUCAGAUGCGAGCUGCGCCCAGGCCGGCCCCAGUGACCCAGACCCCGAUGGUGGCCCCAACCUCCGCUGCUGCUCCCCGGCAGCCGGGUCUGAUGGCCCAGAUGGCGACCACUGCGGCGGGGGUGGCCGUGGGCUCUGCUGUGGGGCACACGCUGGGCCACGCCAUCACAGGCGGCUUCAGCGGGGGAGGCAGUGCUGAGCCCUCCAGGCCUGACAUCACCUACCAGGAGCCUCAGGGAGCCCAGCUGCAGCAGCCUGUGUCCACUGGCCCCUGCUCCUUUGAGAUAAAGCAGUUUCUGGAGUGUGCGCAGAACCAGCCUGACGUGAAGCUCUGCGAAGGGUUCAACGAGGUGCUGAGGCAGUGCAGGAUCGCGAACGGACUCCUGUAAGCAGGAAGUCACACGGAAGACCUGAAAUCUACCCGACCACCCAACCAAGUAACUUUAGCCUGGAAUGUAAUAAAGUGUGAAGCCGUUCAUUUCAACCUCAUUGCAGCUCAUAUGGCAGUGGAAGAGGAUGUUCUGGCCACGCAGAUGGGGCAGAACUGGGGACACGGGUGUGCAUGUGUGGCCUCCUAAGCCAGCUGGUGUGAUGUCAUUAGUUCUUAGUAAUUAGAAUAAAGUGUUACUCUUCCAGGGA